AUGCGUUUCUCGUCCAGCAUUCCCUCUGCCCUUUUGGGUAUGAGCUCCGUCGUCUCUGCAUCAGUCCUCCACAAGCCUGUUGCUGUCGCUGAAAGGGCAUUGGAAUAUGUGAUCAAGCCAAAGAUGAUGAUCAUUUCCAUGUUCACUCCCGAGGCAGAGAUCUGGUACGGAAUCCCAGAGUUCAACCUCCUGGCCAGAAACAUUUCGCUUCCUGGUGCUUCACCUCUGUUCCCUCACGUUCACUGCACUGAGGAUGGAGAUGUCUGCCAGGUUAUUACGGGCGAGGCUGAGAUUAACGCCGCCGUCACGAUCGCCUCGCUGGUCCGUAGCCCUCGCUUCGACCUGACCACCUCUUACUUCAUGAUCGCCGGCAUUGCUGGAAUCAACCCCGAGGUUGCUACCAUCGCCUCUGUCACCUUUGCUCGCUACGCCGUCCAGGUCGCUCUUGAGCACGAAUUUGACCCUCGCGACAUCCCCGGCAACUUUUCCACUGGCUACAUUCCUCUCGGUGCUACCAGCCCUUCCGAGUACCCCCAGAACAUCUACGGUACCGAAGUUUUCGAGGUCAACCAGGACCUGCAAAAGAUUGCUGCAAACUUUGCCCGCAAGGCCACACUCAACGACUCUGACGCUGCCAUUGCCUACCGCAAAUUCUACGCCAAUGACGAAAUCUACGCCGCUGGUGCUUCNCCCAGUGGGCCCAGUGUAGUUGAAUGCGAUGUCGCUACCUCAGAUGUCUACUACUCGGGCCGUCUGUUGGGAGAAGCCUUCGACAACUUCACCACCUUGAUUACCAACGGCACUGGAAACUACUGCUCCACUGCCCAAGAAGACAACGCCACCCUCGAAGCCCUGCUGCGCGCUGCCACCGAGCAACUCGUCGAUUACAGCAGAAUCAUCGUCAUGAGAACUGCCUCUGACUUUGACCGUCCUUUCCUCGGUGGCUCGGCUACCUACAACUUGUUCGAGUCCUCCGUGCAGGGUGCUUUCUUGCCUGCUGUUGCCAACAUCUAUCUCGCUGGUGUCAAGGUCGUUGAAGGUAUUCUUGAUGGCUGGAACAGCACUUUCGCUCAAGGUGUCAAUGCCACUAACUACAUUGGUGAUAUCUUUGGCACUCUGGGUGGUGAGCCGGACUUUGGCCUUGGUGCUGAAGUCAGUGGCGAUAUCUUCAGCAAGAGAGAGGUUCUUGUCAAGAGAAACACCAAGGGCAGAAGAAACGUGCCUGUUCAUGUCCGCAGUGCUUAA